UGCAUGGACUCCCUUUUAUUAUCUUAAAAGAUCUUGAAAAUAGGAAGUUCAAACCAACAAUCAGCGAAUCGCUCUAAUCUAUCACUAUGUAAUAUAUACUAAUUAAUAUUAACAGCCAAUCGCUCUAAUAUAUCACUAUGUAACACUAAUGAAUAUCGUCUUCCAUCACAGUACUGCGUGACUUCUUACAUGAGAAAAUUGACAUACUAUGUACUAUUUUUCUUCUUAUUCUUCCUCUUUCCAAAUCCAAAAUCAGCUUUACUAAUUAAACCACCAAAACAAUUGUUACAUUUUCUUGAGCUCUUUGUGCACUCUUUUUGGGCCAUAUAGAAUGGAUCAUCUUGUUUCUUGAAAUUCCCACUUCUCAACAGCGUCGGCGCGUGGAAAGCACACGGCGGAAGUGGAAUAUGUAGGUUGUGGAAUGGUCCAACCUUUGAUUUUUCUGGCACUGGACAUGGUGGUGGUGGAAGUUCUUUUGGUGAAAUUUCUGUUGGUUUAUUAGUUAAUACUUUACUAACUCCUGCCUUUUUCUCCCAAGAAAAGGGCACGUUAGGGUUUGAAUGAACCUUCUUGUUAGUACUCAUAAUAUUGUUAUAAUUUUAAACAAAAGAUUAUUGAAGACUUUUGUUGAUAAUUGAAGUGUGUGUAACUCUCUUUAUAUAGAGAGGGACCCAAAUUAUAAUCUGAAUUUGUGUAGGACAGUCCUACUUUGAAAGGGAUAGGGCUCCCUAAAUCCCACUUCAAGAAGGAAAGGGAUCCUAAUCCUAAUUAAAAUCAGUUAUGGAUUUAUAAAAGGGUCUUUUCUAGGGCUAUGCAAAAAUCGAACCAACCGAUAAACCGAAUCGAUAAAAAUGUUAUUGGGUUAUCUCCAUGCACAGAACAAAUGUGUUACUGAUAAUGUACUUGAGCGGGGGACACAUUCCUUACCGUGACAGUAAACUCACUCGCAUUCUUCAACCUGCUCUGGGUGGUAAUGCUAAAAACUUUAAUAAUUUGCACAGUAGCACCAAAAGAGGUAACCUAGUUUUUAUUACCCAUGUUGUGACAGCAGAAAUCAAUUGCACAUCAGUUUAAAGAGUUCAAUACAUAGAGGAAUCAAAGGGAACACUCCAAUUUGCUAGCAGAGCUAAACGGAUCACCAACUGUGUUCAAGUGAAUGAGAUACUAAAUGAUGCAGCCUUAUUAAAGCGGCAAAAAAGGGAAAUUGAGGAACUACGCAUGAAACUUCAGGGAUCACAUUCCGAGGUGCUUGAGCAAGAGAUACUAAAACUCAGAAAUGACCUACUGACGUACGAAUUAGAGCGAGAGAAGCUUUCCAUGGAGUUGGAGGAGGAGAGAGGAUCACAGAAAGAGCGAGAGCAAUGCAUCAUUGAGCAACAGAAAAAAAUCCAUAAUCUCAGUAAUCUUACAUCCGUCUCAGACUCUAAUGGGCAUGUUAAACAGGAGGAAAGCGGUAACAGCAACAGUUUCCAAGAAGAUGCUUUUAGUACCCCUUGUUUGAAGAUGGUUCCCAAUGCCUUUGUUGCUAAGAGAUCACAAUGGUCUCAACAGGAAGAAUACAGCCCUAUGCCAGAUGCCUUUUGCAAUUUUGCAGAUGAAGAUACACGGAUGAAAAUGAAUAAAGGCUUUGUUGCUGAUCUUGAUUCACUUCACAUAACUCCAGCAGUGAAAGUUAAAUUAUCUUUGCCCGAUGAUGAAAAUGAUGAUUUGUCAAUAGAGAAUUAUAAGCAAGAGGUACAGAAUCUCAGAAGGCAGUUGGAACUUGUUUUAGAGGAAAGAGAUGAACUUAGGAGAGACCAUACAGAACAAGUAUCACUAAAUAAACAGCUAAAAAGUGAGGUAUCUGAACUCCAGCAAGAGGCACUUUUGAUCCGUGAGAUCCCUCAAAGAUUGUGCGAGCCUGUGACGACUUGUAAAGAUAUAUACAAGGACGUCUUUUCAGUGAUACAGAAUUUUGUAGCUACGGACAAAUAUGGAAUGGCGAAAUUGCUCUCUACAACAAAUGUGAUCGGUACUUGUCUUUUUACAGCUCUCGAAUCUCACUUCUCAGAAGCUAUGGAUAGCGAUAAGUCGUACUAUCAGAUGAUGAAAUUUCAGGGAAUCCAUCAGCCAGCUCCGUACAGCUUCAUAAUAAAUGAAUUGUUGGAUUUUGUCACACAUAUUAAGGAAAACACAUUAAAGACAUAAAUUUAAUACAAAUUUUAUUUUUACCCCAAAAAAAGAAAAAGUUGAUCUUGUAAUACCUUUUAAAAGUUAAUUGAUUGUCAAAUCAUAAGGGCAAAUUUGAAAAAAAAAUUCAAUAAUUCACUUAUUUUGGAACACCAAUAAAUACCCUAACAAUUCACUUAUUCCGAAAUGGAGGGAGUAUUUCAUAUGAAUUUUAUUUCACUUAAAAUAAUAUCUAAAGAUUGUAAAAUAAAAAAAAA